GCUGGGGUAUGUCGUAUUUCAAAGAAGCAGCUAUAUAGCCAACGGUAGGGGCCGUUGGAAGAAGCCAUCUUUGUCUCCGCCAUCGUAUUGGAGCUCGCUGCUUGCUGUGAGGCCGGCGGCCAGGAGGGGGGCGCCGCACGUCGUUUUGGCAGCAGCCAAGUUUUAUUUUCCUCCCCCUCUCCGUAAUUGAUUUAACUCUUUGCCCGCUCAGACCGGGAACAGACAAAGGCGCCGGGAAGAUGGAAGACGAGAAAGUUGUGUACUCCCGCUCGCAGCUGCUGUUCGCCGGCACCAAGCCGCUGGAGGACGCGCUGGAGAUCUUCGUCCCGGGGUCCAAGCAGUUCAUGAGCUCGGACACGGAGCUGUGGAACUUCCUGUGCAGCCUGAAGCGGGACUUCUCCCCGGUCAUCCUGCGGAGCAAGGACGUCUACGGCUACUCCUCCUGCCGCUCGGUGGUGCCGGACCCCAGUCAGCUCUCCCGCAAGAGAUCCACAGAGCCGGCGCCCGCCCCGGCCAAGAAGCAGCCGGUGAAGAGGAGGCGGAGAGGCGCCCGGCUGACCAGCAGCAAGAGGCGCCGGCGAGGCAGCAGGAGCGCGGCCAGCGAGGAGUCCGGCACCAGCGGCGGCAGCAGCGGCUGCAGCAGUCCGACUCCUUCCGAGGUUCUGUGUGGAUCGCUGGAGGAGAUCUGGAGAGCGGCCGCCCCUAAGCUCACCGCCUUCCCCACCAUACGGGUCCGGGACGUGUCCUGCGAUGCCACGGUGGCCGCUGCGCGGAGAAGGGCUCAGGCGAUCCUGCAGGUGAAUCUGCAGCCCGUGGUGUUGAUUCGCCGCUACCCACUGGUGUCUUCAUCCUGAGAUCCUCCGGGAUCCUACUUGGCCCCUGUGCACUUUCCAUGCUGGACUACUCGCUCUGGAGGUGGCCGCUCCGGAGAUCAGUCCCCCUGUUUACAUGUUCCCUGGAUUCCUUGUCUCUCACUGCACUUUACUGUAACGGCUUACUACUAGGGAUAAAGGGAUCUGGUGCACGGGGGGAUCCCGGGGAUCUCACCACGUCUACCGGUAGCCUGCGGAGUCGCUGCGAUAUAGGGGCAGCUUUCACCGGGUGCUGCUGGGACCUCAUCACCCGGACUGAGCGGCAGUCUGCCACCCGGCAGAACCGGGGUUCCGGUGUAAGGAUGACACUGGCAGAGAGAGAACUGCUAGCUGGAGUGACUAUUGCAUAAUGCAUGUUUCGCAAUGACCUACAGUACCAACAGGUAAACUUGUGUGCAAAGAUGAUCUUUCCAGAGAUGUCUGAGACAUUGUGGCCGGCAACUACCUCAAGAAAAUCCGGAGUUCAACUCUAACCCCUAUCCAAAGACUUGUUUUGUACUGUCUAUCGUUUCACUUUGCUUUUUAUACUUACGACUUGUGUUCCUUUUGCACCAUUUGCCAAGUAUUUUGAAAGCGUCUUGAUGGUUAAGAACUGUGAUGGGCUGGAUGGCCCUUUAUGCAAAUUUUUUUUUUUUUUUUUUUUUUUUUGUAACAUAUUUGUGUCAAGUUAAUCGCAAGUUUGUUUAAAACUGUUUAGACUGGUGUUGAGACCAGUUUGUUAUAUAUACAUGUACAGUAUGUGCCAAGCCUAAUGAACAAAUUUAGACUUAGUUGUUCAGGGUUUCCUUUUCUAUAUAUAUAUAUAUUUUUUUUUUUUUUUUCCCCUUCCCAUUUUUAAGUGUGAUGUAAUAAAGAUUGAAUUUGAGAAGAAAUGCAAAUCCUGUUUUCAGUGGAAUAGGGCAAGGGAUAGCUUGUAUAUAGUGGCAUUGGUGCAAGAUAUUGUUACAUUUUCUACAAAACUUCCUCAGAAGGAUAUUGCUUUACUUUUUUGGUGCUAACUUGACUGUUGAAGGAUAACCCUAACAUUUCAGUUUAGGCCAUGAAUGACUGAAGUCCUCACUGAACCCAUAUGUCAGACUGAUGGCAUAAACGUGAUCAUUGAUAAAAAAAACUGGUGCUAUGUUGCCUAUCUGGUGCCUGGUAGGUUCAAGAACUUGUUCUGCAGGAAUGUCUACCUUCUUGUUUUUGGUACAGCAGUUACAAAAUCCUGCCAAUCUAUACUAUUUUUCUUAGAUUAUGCUGUCCCUUGGUUUACAUAUAGUGUUCCUGUGGAAAGGGACUUAUUUUGUCCUUUAACAGACCUUUUGUGUUCAAGCUUGCCCAUAUUGAACAUAUCCACGUACCCUGAUAUGCAAUAAACCAUAAAUACUGUAUCUAAAAUCAUUUUGUCACUUUACAGCAAAAAUGUGCUAAUGGUUUUGGGUCCCCCCUUUUAAAACUGAUGGCAUUAGAAUGGCUAUUUUAAAAAUUUCCCCUCCAGUUUGUUGCAUCAGACUAAAUGGUUUUUGUUCAUUCCUUAGUAACUUAUUGAGUAAAUAAAACUCCUUCCAAAUA